GGUGGGGAAGCGAUGGCGGAGAUGGGUGCGAGAGUGUCUAACAUGACGAUGUUUCCCUGGACCGCCGGUGGUAGACUCGACGCUAGUGAAAUAGGCCGAAGGACCAAAAUCUCAUGACUCCGAAUGCGACAACUCCCACGGCGCUGCUUACGCGACUCUUCCGCUCAAACACAUAUAAUACAAGCUUCGAGGAAUCUUCAACUUCAGCUUGACCCCAGAAAAACUUUAAUCUGAACCAUACGGAUUGGAAACUACAAAGAAAGAGCGACUGCCCCUCUACCCCACACAUAUACCUCUCUCUCUCUCAACACCAACCAACAAACUUGACCACCAAGAACAAAAUCCACAAUGGCUCAGAGCACCACAAUACAGGCGCCAGGCCUAUCUUCUUAUCUCAAAUCACUCAAGACUACCCCAGUGGAUCCCUCAGUAGAGCACCUCAUAUCCCUCCUCAAGCGACGCCAGAUAAGAAACUCGAGACCAUGUGCCAUUGCGACAACAGCGCUGCUUCUGCGCGUGGUGGGAGAAUUCAAAGGGCGAGACGCGGCAAAACUGGUGGAGCGCAUUCGACAAGUGGGCAGGCGCCUGACUUCUGCACAACCACGCGAAGUCGUCGUGGGGAACAUCGUCCGGCGAGUACUGGGACUGGUACGGGAGGUGGUCGACGACCAAGCCGACGGGCAGACGCCGACAGGGAGUGAGCCCGGCCACAGCACACCACAUGCACACCACGACUCUCUCCACCGACCAGCCUUUGCCUCGAGCAUGUCGACAUUCAGCCCGCUCAGACACGCUGGUGCUGAGCCCUCGCACAUUGGCGUCAGCGCCGACAACAUGUCCGACUCUGGCGAGCUCUCGAGACGACCUGCUCUACUGACCUCGCACACUUCGUACGCGCCCGCCGCAGUGGCAGGACUGGUAGUCAACUCGCUAUUUGGACUCUUCUCACAGCCAGCCGACACUCCCUCCGCCACAAGUACCCCCACCGGCCAGGCAUCACCAACAGGCAAAAGCACCCUCACAGCCCUCAACCUCGAGCGCCUCGCCGACCUCAGCAAAAGCCAGCCCAACCUCGACCUCAAAGGCGAAGUCAUGGAAGGCAUCCGCGAACUCCAAGACGAGCUGGAAACGUCGGACAAGCAAAUCGCCGAAGUAGCCCUCGAGCACAUCCACGCAAACGAGAUAAUCCUCACCCACACAGCCUCCACAACAGUGCAAAAGUUCCUCCUCUUCGCAGCGCGCAAGCGAAAAUUCACCGUCGUCCACGCAGAAACAUACCCGCACGACCACGCCGCCACACACGGCAUCCUACUCACAGGCAAGAAGCGCGAGUCGCGCCCCGGCGAGGACGACGAGGACGACAAGUGGAAGCCCCUCACCGACGCGGGCAUCCAGGUCUACGUCAUCCCAGACUCGCACGUCUUCGCCAUCAUGUCGCGCGUCAACAAGGUCAUCCUUGCUACCCACACCGUCCUGGCGAACGGCGGCCUCGUCGCUGCGGCCGGCGCACACAUGAUCGCCAAGGCCGCGAAGGAGCACCAAACCCCCGUCGUCGUGUUGAGUGGCGUGUAUAAACUGAGUCCCGUCUACCCGUUCGACAUCGAUGAGCUGAUUGAGCAUGGCGACGCGGGGAGUGUGGUGCCGUAUGAGGAUGGCGAGUUUGUGGAUAAAGUUGAUGUUGAGGCCCCGUUGUAUGACUAUGUGCCGGCGGAUCUUGUGGAUCUUUAUAUCACUAAUCUCGGCGGACAUGCGCCUUCGUAUCUUUACCGCAUUGUGGCGGAUCACUAUCGCUCCGAGGAUAUCACGCUGUAGGUGAUGUGGUUGGAUGUGGUGGUGGUUGGAGGGCAUGUACGAGGCGGUGG